CCUGUAUAUAAAUUCAAUCGCGGUGAGGAAGCUUUCAUUUCGUAUUUGGUAUUGGUCACCACAUAACACCAUGUGGUUCCCUGUCACCCUUCUCCUACUUGUCGGCGUGGCCGUGGCCUCACCUGAUCACGAGCAUGGCUGGCAAACGAACAACAAGUAUCAGUACCGUGUAGAAACCCAGACACUAGCAGGCGUUUCGUUGAAUCGACCUACUGGACAAUAUACUGGACUUCACAUACAGGGCAUCCUCGAAAUCGAUGUAAAAUCGCCAGAAACGCUGAAGGCGAGUCUUCUUGAUUUUGAGUAUGCUCACAUACGCAAAAUACUCCUGGACAAUCCAGAGAUCCAGAUAGCAAAAGGCAUGCUAACUCAUCGUCUGCUUCGCACGUCAGGAAAGCAAUUUGAGAUCAAAAUAAAACAUGGAUUGAUCCGGGAUUUGUUGGUCGAUCCUGAUGUACCUACUUGGGAAGUGAAUAUUAUCAAAAGUAUCGUCAGCCAGCUGCAGCUUGAUACGCAGGGCGAAAACGCGAACAACAGGAAGAGCACUCAGUUUCCCAUAAACAGAAAUUCUUCCGUCGCGUACGAAUGCGUGGAAGAUUCCGUCAAUGGCAUGUGCACCGUUCUGUAUGCUAUAGAGCCAUUGGUCGAGAAUUACCAUGUAUUCAGCCCAGACAGGGUACCUAAGCCACACUUACGCGGUACCGGUCGCUAUUACAAAGUUGAAAAAGUGAAAACUAACGACAGAUGCUCGCGACGUCAGGCUUAUCAUUACGAUUUUAACGAUCCAUUACUGCAGAGAAACCCUGGUAGACAAAGUGAGCUGAUCGAUCACCUGUCCAUGUCUCAAGCAAUUAUCUCUGGCGACUUGAAAUGCUUCACUAUUCAAUCAACCAUGAUGAAGAGUACUAUAACCAUCACUAAUAAAAGAGGUGAUCCCGCUCUUGGCACUGUCCACAGUAUACUAAGAUUACAUUUAACCAAAAAAGAAAAACUCCCCGAGUCUACGGUUGAAAUAUUCGAGACAAAUACACGAAAAAACAAACUUCAAUCAACUGGAAAUUUGCUGUAUGUAUACAACAACCCAUUUUCUGAAACGGAAAAUCGAAAAGAGCGUCGUCCAACCAUUAGUAAAAAUUCCGCACAAGCAGAAUCGAUGGAAAUGGAGAACUUGUCUUCCGAAAGCGAAUUAUACAGCUGGUCCAGCAGCGAGGAACUUUCUUACGAGAAAUCUCAAACGGCACUGCACUUGCCUCCGAACGCUCCGUUGUUACCCUUCUUUGUCGGUAACAAAGGCAAGUCAAUCGUGAUGUUUGAUAAAUUUGACGCUGUGAAAGAAGCUCAGGACCUAAUCUCUCAAAUAACUAACGAACUGCGGACUCCUAGUCAGAAAUUGAGUCAAGAGAUGCUGGAGAAGUUCACAAUCUUGAAGAACCUCCUUCGCACCAUGAACCGCAAGCAGUACGAGGAAUUAGAAAACGCAGUCCUUACUAAUGGCGAACAUUCAGAGGAUCAUCUUCGUAAGAGGGAUGCCUGGCCUGUCUUACGCGAUGCCGUCGCACAUGCUGCAACUGGACCUGCUUUGCUCACUAUUGAAAAUUGGCUAAAGCGCAGACAACUUGAAGGCAUAGAGGCGGCACGAGUUGUGUCUCAAAUUCCCAAGACCGUUCGCGAACCAUCGGAGAAGUACGUCAGAGCGUUUUACGAAAUGAUUCAAGAUCCAGUAAUAUCGCAACAGAACCUGCUAAAUACGACCGCGCUGUUGACAUUCGCCAAAUUGCUACGCAAUAGCCAGACUACCUAUUCGAUACGUGGUGAUAGUUCUAUGACCCAGAAAAACAACAACGACAUAGUCAAUCGCUAUAUUCCCUAUCUGGCUGAUCAACUGAAACAGGCUUAUCGAGAAGACAACCUUCAGAAAAUUCAGACAUGUAUCAUGGCACUGGGUAUGACCGAACAUCCGAAAAUUAUCCCAGUCUUGGAGCCGUACUUAGAAAACACGAAGCCAGCGACGAAAUACCAACGCUUACUCAUGGUAGCUUCCUUGGGCACUUUAGCCAGAACUCAACCCAAAUUAGUUGGAACCAUUUUCUACAAACUCUAUGCGGGCAAAGAAGAGAAUCACGAGAUACGUUGCUUGGCCGUACAGCAUUAUAUUUUGACCAACCCACCUCAAAUUAUGUUGAAACACAUAGCGCACAGCACUCAUGAAGAGGAGAACUAUCACGUGAAUUCUGUCAUAAAGACUACCCUAGAGAGCCUUGCUGAUUCGAAGAUAUCGGCAUUGGGAGAUUUGCACGACAAGGCGCGCGCUGUCACGUCUUUUUUGAGUCCCGUGAAGAGCAAGUACGGGUCUUCAGGAGGCCUCUACAUAGACUUUGCAAAUUCGAUUAUUCAGGGAUUAUCUCUGCAAACUGUCGUUGGUGACGAUAGUGAAAUACCCAUGUAUGCACGCGUACGUACCUUGUACGAUUUCUUCAAAAAUGGGCGACCCACGUUGGAAGCAGCAUACGGAGUAUCCAGCGUUAGGCAGCUACUAAAUAACAUCGAUAAGCUGUGGCAAAAAGAGAGUGGAAAAGUGAACGAGAAAUUCAUGCGUAAAACACGCGCCGAAGAGAUCGCUGAAACACUUAAGAUCAAGCCCGAAAACCUGGACAAGUUGGAAGGAAGUCUUUUCCUUAACACAUUAUUCGGUUUUAUAUACUAUCCCUUCGACAGUAAUACAGUACAACAGGUUAUCGUUAUGUGGAAGAAUAUGUUGAAGAAGGACCACGGAAUGCACUCAACGGCAUUUUACAAUUAUGAAAGAACAGUAACCUUCCCUAUUGAGACCGGCUUGCCGUUCGUUUUUUCUCUGGAGAUGCCAACGCUUGUAAAACUUCACGUUAAGAGCAAAAAAGUGGAAUCUUGCAAUGGGUGCAGAAAUGGCGUUCUUAAAGUCGUACUUGGCAGAAAAGUGCAGAAGCGAUUUGGCUUUAUUGCACCCUUCGCACAUACGCAUUACAUGGCUGGUACUGACGACAAUCGAAUGUUGCAAAUACCAUUGGAGUACGAAGUCAAACUCGACAUGACCCGGCAAAAUCUUGAAUUGAAAGUUCGUCCGAACAUACCGAAAGAUCAAAUGGAUUCUCAACUCUCAUUACUGCAUUAUAGCACCGUUCCCUUUACUUCGCAACACGAUAUUUUCAAUCUUCAACCUUUAUGUCUUGACAACAACAUGGAUAAAGUAUUGACAAUAGGACAACAAAAGAACAAGAUUGAAAAAGGCAAGCUCACUAUCUGGAUAGAAUCUGAUAGCGUAGAAAAAAAAGACAUACAUUUAGAAGAGGAGCUUCAGAAUAUGUGGGAACAAGAUGACGGUCGCUAUAAAAAACUGGAUGUAUUACUAAAUACUGAAGAAGGAAGAAAGAGUGAGGUCCGCCUCAACAUCGCUUACGAUAACAUGGAAAUUCGCGAUAAUAAAGACGAUAGUGAACAACCGCAAGAGUUGGAUCUGCAAGGCAUUCCUGAACCAUCUUGGAAACCAAACAGUGAGGACAGAAAACUCCAGAUUAUGAAAACUCUCCAGAAAGGUUUUAAGUCAGGUGAAGUCCAUGUAGUCGACAUAACAUACAAUACCCCGCAGAAACAACAAGUUCUCACCUUCAGCCUGGCGCAAAGCAACGUGGACCAAAAAUCCAGGAUUUACGUUUAUUGGAAUACUCAAACGCCGAAGGAGAAUCAGAACGAAUACGAAGUUUGCUACGUUCAAGAAUUGCAGAGUUCGCCGAGUACUCCUUUAGAUUUCGAAUAUACGCUUCGGAACACGCCGACAGAUAAAUUCUGGGCUGAAAUGCUGUUUGGAAGGAACUGCCAAGGAGGAGAAAAACUUCGUAUCGAAGGACACGCAACGCGAAGCAACAAACUGAAGGCUGUGAUAGAGAGCUCUAAAUUAACCGAACAAUGUCGGGAAGAGAUUCGAAGAGGAGACAAUGUAGGACGAGCCUGCCAGAUGGCCAUUGAGAUUGCUGAAGUGAGGGAUCUGUACCAGGUAUCGUUGAAGACGGCAAACGAACAUCUUCGGAGACUGGUUCACCAGAGUGUCGAAAUAAUAUCUCUAGUUUUGAGGAAACUAGAUAUACGAACAGACUUCAUGAGCCACCCUGAUAGCAAUCCCAUCAAGGUAAAAUUGGUGAAGGUGCCCCACGAUACGGAGACUUUCAUGGAAAGUCUGAUGCCACUUAAUGUUCAGUCCCCUCCAAUGCCUAUCAUGGGACCAUUUUGGAAACCAACAGAACGGUCACUAUCUGAUAGUGACGUCUGGGAGUUCCUGGGAGAGCCAGAAAAUGAUGUGUGUACCCUUUACAACAAUAUGGUGGUAACUUUUGAUAAGCGGACCUAUUCUGUGAAGACAGAGAAUGUGAGGCACGCGCUAAUGGCUCCUUUUUGGUAUCCAGAGAUCAGAAGUGAACUUAUGGAUGGUUUUCCGGAAGGCAUGAGAGUGUCUGUUGUAGCUGCAGAUAUGGCCGAUGGCAGCAAGUUCCUCGUUAUUCACCUGAAUAACCAAGAAAUUGAAAUGCAGACAAUGAAUAAUCGUAUUGAAUUUUCGGUUAACUCAUUGCCAAUUUAUUUGUCGAAGGACUGGUUGAAGAACAAAUGGUAUCGAAAUAGUGAAGAUGGUAGAACUGUUUUCGAAAUUAUCGAGCUACCGGAUGGAUCGAUCAAAGUUACCUCAGACAAAUAUGGACUUGAGGUCGUGUACAAAGUUCAAUACGUCCAAUUAAAGGCAAGCGAUAAGUACCGCAAUGCUAUACGCGGUCUUUGCGGUAAUUACGACUCCGAUUCCAGCAACGAUUUCCUCACUCCUCAGAACUGCUUAUUGGCGAAGGCUGAAGAAUUCACCGCUAUGUAUGCUUUGCUUGAUAAGGAUAGCGAAGGACCCGUUGUGGAAAACAGACGUAGAGCUGAGCAAGCCUAUUGUCAAAAGUUAAAGCCAGACCUACUUCCUCAAAGAAACGUUAUUAGCGAUAGAGAAGCAGGAAGACCGUUGACAGAGGAUGGGAAUUGGGGCUACCAUCCGGAGAAGCGUCAGAGACAAGACCGCAUUCCAAAGAGACACGGAGUCUCUGAGGAUGAUUCAUCGCGUCGCACAGGUCGAGCUGACAUUACAUACGAAGUAUAUAUAAGUCUGUUUAAGAGGAACGAGCUCUCAUUUUGCACUCGGCAUUAUCCGCGUAAUAUCAUGUGGUUGUGUGUGACUUUUCUUCUAAUCAUUGGAUCGGUCAUAGCCGAUCACAACAAUGCUUGGGAAACAGGAAACGAAUAUCACUUUAUUAUCCGAAGUCGGACACUGACGGUCUUAGACAAGCUAGCUGGUCAGUUUUCUGGGAUUUUCAUCAACGGUGACGUCACCGUUCAAGUAAAAUCGUCAGACACACUACGGGCUGUGGUUUCUAACACGCAGUAUGCUCCCGUGCACAAAGUAUUGCCGGAAGGUUGGGAGUCUGAGAUCACCGACCUUGAGUAUCAAGAGCUUUCCCUGUCGGGAAAGCCCUUUGAGAUCAAGCUUCAGAAUGGAGUGAUUCGAGAUGUAUUGAUCGAUCAAAUUGUCCCUACCUGGGAGGUGAAUUUGUUGAAGAGUAUCGUGAGUCAGAUGCACAUUGACACGCAGGGUGAGAAUCGGAUGGUAUUCAGGGACACGCAGUUGGCCGACAACAGCCAGCCCUACGGUACAUUUAAAAUCAUGGAAGACUCUGUCGGUGGCAAAUGUGAAGUCCUUUAUAAUAUUACGCCACUGCCUGAAACUGUUCUCUCCGACAAACCAGAAUUAGUACCCUUGCCAAAUCUUCGCAAGGAUGGUCAUCAUAUCGAUAUCAUCAAGACGAAGAAUUACUCUAGAUGCGAGCAGCGAAUGGCGUAUCAUUCUGGUAUCGUCGGUAAAAUGAAUUGGAAACCGGGAUCCAACGAUGGUCCUCUCUCGAGAUCAUCUACGAGUCGUAUUGUCAUAUCGGGAAACCUAAAACGUUUCACUAUUCAAUCGUCCAUGACGACAAACGAAAUAUUUAUAAGCUCUAAAAUAGACGAGACAUACUCUGGCGCUGUCUACAGUAGAGUAAACCUAACUUUGGACAGAAAGAGCACUAUCUACAAUCCCAUGCCUGUAUCCAACAAUCUCAUGUCAACCGGAAACUUAGUGUACAUUUACAACAGUCCGUUCUCCGACCAACGCACACCGCGUCGUUCGAGUGACAUUCGAAGCACUUUGGCAGCUCGGUCCGAGAGACGCAGUUCUACCAGUUCUAGCGAGGAAAGUCACAGCGACGAUGACAGCAGCAGCAGCUCUUCAAGUAACUCGAACAGCGAAGAACGUGAUUACUUGCAACCUAAACCGAAAUUAGACGAAGCUCCGGAGAGCCCGCUAUUGCCUUAUUUUGUCGGAUACAAAGGUAACAGUAUCCAGAAGUUCGAAGAGGAUUUUGCUGCGGUAGCGAUCAAUUUAAUCAGUUGGAUGACCAAGAAAAUCGAGUCCUACGGGACUAGCGACUUCAAAAUGGCAACUCAAAUACAAGAGGAACUCUUAGAGCAGUAUGCAAUUCUGGUUAGACUGAUGCGUACCAUGAAUGUCAGGCAGAUAACGGAAGUAGAGAGGAAACUGUCCGAUACGAUGGCCCGCGACUCAACCGCCAAAACGAUAGAGGACAAGAAAUUAGCAGACCAAACCAUGUGGGAUAUCCUUUACAACACCGUUGCACAUGUCGGAACUGGACCCGCUCUCAUCACCAUAACAAAUUGGGUAAAAAACAAGAAACUCGAGGGCAUGCAAGCGGCAGAUAUUAUUUCUCGAAUUCCCAAAGCAACACUCACACCUACGCCAGAGUACGUCCAAGCGUUUUUCGAACUGAUUACUGAUGAACAAGUAAGGAAACAGAAAUGUUUGAACACAAUCGCACCUUUAGCAUUUGCCGAUUUGAUUCGUCACAUUCAAAGCAACAAGGCAUCCAGCUACUAUCCGGUCUACAGUUUCGGUCGUAUGGUCCCCAAAAAUGACAGGGCACUGCUUCAAACGUAUAUUCCGUACAUGGCAAUUCAACUGAAAAAAGCCAUCGAGGAAGGCGACAAUCCUCGAAUUCAAACAUAUAUUAUGGCAUUGGGUAAUUUUGGACACCCGAAAGUACUUUCCAUUUUCGAACCGUAUCUGGAAGGUAGCGCACCGAUGUCGAAGUUCCAACGUUUGAUGAUGGUCGUAUCGUUAAAUAGACUAGGCGAAAACUUCCCGAGACUCGCCAGAUCUGUCGCUUACAAGAUCUAUAUAAACACGAUGGAGGCCUACGAAUUACGUUGCGCAGCUGUCUACGUCAUAAUGAAGACCAAUCCACCUCUGAACCUACUGCAGCGAAUGGCAGAAUUCACUCAUCAGGAUCAAGACAAACAAGUAAAUUCUGCUGUCACGACUAGCAUAGAGGGCCUCGCUAAUUCGAAGCAACCGGAGUUGCAAGAACUCGCUAACAAGGCGCGUAUCGCUAGUAAACAGUUGAAAUCUUCCACUUACACUGAAAAUUAUUCUCACAGCAUGCUUCAGGAGAUAACUGUCGCCUCCUUAAACAUGGUUCAAACAACUCUUCUUCAAACGAUUGGCAGUGACAACUCUAUGACGUCUAAAGGCGUACAGUUUAAUGUACAACAAUCUUUCGGUGGCUUUAAUUUUCCUUCCGGAAAAGUAUCAUAUGAAAUAUCGAACAUCAGAGAACUGCUAGAUAUGUGGUACCACAUGCCCUGGAUGAUGCAAGAUAACUCCGAAAAGAAAUUGAUUAUUAAAGAGACUAUUGAAAAGCUUGGCAUUAAACCCGACGAUCCGGAACAGAUCGAAUGGAAUAUCUUCGGAGACUCCUUAUUUGCAAUACAUUUCUAUGCCUUCGACAAUCAUACGUUUGAAGAACUCGCCAAUAUGUUCGCAACGUAUGUUAAGUCGUUCAAGUCACCCCGAGUUUUUGAAGCCAGAAACUUCAAUUAUCUAUACUAUUAUGACAUGACGAUGGGAUUCCCGACGGAAAGCGGCCUGCCGUUUGUUUAUACAUUAACGGUACCAAAAUUCACAAAAAUUGGAGGUGGAGGAUCUCAUAUAACUGGAAGCUCGUCAACGGGCAGCUUUAUGGAGGUAACAGUGGCGGGCCAUUUCGUAAAUAGCGAGAAGAUCCAAAGCAGAAUUGGCUUUGUCGCGCCUUUCGAGCACAGACAUUAUAUUGCUGGUAUCGAUGUCAACCUAGAGAUGUUUGUACCAGCUGGUUUAUCAAUAAGUCGCCCACCGGAGGAGAAGAAAUUUGUGUUUAAGAUGCAACCGCCCGAAUAUAAUCGAUAUGGCACGGGACAUUCAUUCGUUCAACACAGCGUCGUUCCUUACACCGCAAGACACAACAUUCUUUCCUUUAAAACUGAUCCCAACAAUGACAUACGCGUAGUGAACACGAAAGAACCGCAUGAAGCAGGAUUUGGACAAGGCAAUUUAAUAUUCACGAUAGAAAGUGAUCACAUUGAAAAGGAAGUCUCGAAGAAAGGAGGAAUUGAAGCUGCUGGAGAGAUUGUUAAUGUGUUCCGUAAAGGUGGCGCUUAUUACAGAAAAUGCCUUGCAAUGUUGCAUUUCCCGAGUUCACAAGUAAAUAUAACUUGGGACACUUAUAUGAUGUACGAUGUCAACGCCAGUUCGGAGGCAACAAUUCCUGCAAUAAUGGACAAACAGCCGGAGAGCGAGGAGAGAAAAGAGCAAUUCCUAAAGGAAGUCAGCAAAGAUGUAAAUGCUUCCACCAGUUAUGUCUAUGACAUAAGUGUUCUUAAUGAGGGUAUUAAUUACGUUUUCACCCUUGCUUUGGCAAAUAGUCGCGCAGAUAACAAAUAUCAGAGCCUUUUAUAUUGGAAUGCUCAAGAUCCACGCAGUAGAGAAAUCACCGAGGAGUUUUGUGCUCUUGGACACACAAAGUUAUCGCAAAAAAUACCUUUGAAUUUUAACAAAGCAAUGAAGGAGACACCGAAGUAUGAAUUUAAAACUGAGAUGCGAGUUGGAAAUUGUACGAACGGAGAGACGAUGACACUCAAAGGAACUUGGACUCGUACCGAUGGUGCCAAAGAGAGGGCAAUGAGGUCUGAGACAGUUAAGAAGUGUCAGCAAGAGAUGAAACAAGGCAAUAUUUGGCUGCCAAUUUGUCAGAAUGCCAGCAAAUUAAUUAGACAGAAAGAUCAUUUGCUGGUGUCACUAGAGAUGGACUCGAUGCACUUCUAUAUGCUUGCCAACAGUCUCAUCCUUAGCAUCAAAGCAUAUGUGAACAAAGAUUUGGAAAUUUACGCAAGCGAGGGACUUACUGACAAAAACACUGUCGAUAUGGAUAUGAAAUUGCUGCCAAAUAAUGAUACGAUCGUUUCCUUACGUACAUCAAACCUUGGCAUUACGUUCCCUCUGACAGAUAUUUUUGAGCAAAAAAUGGACCCUUCAAAAGUUCUGAAUAAACUGUUCGACGUCGAACCAGAAGGAUCUGCGUGCGUUCUCGACAAAACUCAAGUUGUUACUUUUGACGAGAAGGUCUAUCCUGUGAAAUUAGGGAACUGUUGGCACGUGAUAAUGACCACUUAUCCAAAACGGGAUCCCAAUAAUCCCGGAGAAACUUUGAGCAUCCCGAAAUAUAUGAGUACGAUUGUCAUGGCACGAGAAAUGGAUGAUGGCAGUAAACAGAUCCGAAUUAUCUUCGGCGAUCAAGAAAUUCAUCUGCAGAAAUCGGGUAAUCGUCUCGAAGCUACGUUUAACGAACAAGUAGUUCUUUUCACAAGCAGUAACUCUUCACAUUAUGAGAGCUUCCGAGAAAACACCUUCGAAAUCUAUCGAAUUGACGAUAUGAUCGCAAUUUUCUCAAUUGAAUAUGAAAUAUACGCUGUAUAUGACGGAGAACGUAUCCUGCUUCGUCCAACGUACCGAUAUCUCAGUGCCGUACGCGGUCUCUGUGGCAACUACGACAUGCGAUCUGGCAACGACUUCAUCGUCCCUAAGAAUUGUAUCUUGACAAAGCCCGAAGAAUUUAUUGCCACGUAUGCUCUAACUCAGGAAAACUGCCAAGGACCCGCCUUGCAGAACAAACGAAGAGCCGAACAAUCCACGUGUAUUCCGAGGUCGAAUCGUCCGAGCGAUGUCAUCAGUGACAUAGAAGCGGGAAGAUCUGGGACGAGGAAUAGAAGAUGGGGCUAUCAUUAAGACAUAUAUUUCAAGGAAAUUAUCGCAGUGAUGGUCGUGUUGUUUUAUUUAUCAAACCUCAAGCGUUGCCUACAGAAAAAAGUUGAUAAUAUAUAAUAAAGAAAGUUUCCUACAAUUCAAGUACAGAAACGAGCAAAACUUAAACCGAGAGAUCUAUCUUUAUGUCGAAAACUUUCAAUGUUGUUAUAAUAAAUUCUUUAUUUUUUAUA